AUGUGGAGCCAGUCGAAUCGAUUGGUGUACAAAGGAAAUAAAAAGGUGACUGCUGAUCGGCUGACAAGAUUUUGCAAAAUGACGAUCAAUGGCGGAGAUGACAGUAACGAUCCUGAGGCGAAGAGUGAUGAAGAAGAUGAGGUGUGCCCAGCCGUAGCCCACAAAGACAAGUUUGAUCCACGUGCAUAUCUCGAGUCUUUCUACAAAGAACCUUCUGAGGAUACUGCAAUGCAAAUAGUAUUAUUCUUCCUACCAGGCAUCUUGUACAGACUACCUCGCCAAAUAAGGACGGUUCUGGACCUUGGAGCAGGACCUACUGUCUACCUCCCAAUAGCUUUACGGAACCAAGCUCAGGAAAUGUACACAUCAGAUUAUGCUCCAGCUAAUAGGGAAUUUUUGAAGAAGUGGAUAGAAAACGAAUCUGCUUUCGACUGGACAAACGUAUGCCACUGGAUUUCGAAUAUCGAGGCAAGCGAUGACGAGCCUGCUGUGAUGCAGCAAAAAGCGCGAGAGAAGAUGAAUGCUGUACUGGAAGUGAACGUGCACAAAAUGCCAGUAGUUCAGGGAGUACAUUGGCAAAGGAAGGGUACCACGGUCCCAGAGAAAUUUCAACUGGUUUCGACCGUCUUUUGUUUGGAAUAUUCGUGUGAAACGCUGGAAGGCUACAAGGAAGCUGUACAAGGUGCCUGCGGCCUUAUCGAGGACGGAGGAUACUUGAUGCAAGGAGGCGUGAUGGAUUCCACCACAUAUAAUUUUGGAGGCAAAUGCUUCAAAUGUCACAGGUUAAAGCGCAGCCACGUUGAAGAAGCACUGAAGGAAAAUGGCAUGGCUACAAAAGAAGCAGACGGAUACAAGUUUAUCACGCAUGAAGACAUAUUCUUAUUGAUUUCAAGGAAGAUAAAAUAACAUUUACUGAGAUUUUACAAUCGAAAAACAUCACAAACAAAAACAAUUUCAUAGAAGAAAGACCUGUCAACAUGUUCAACCCCGAAAGAAACAACCAGAUCUAGAAGCUAUUUAUCACCUUCUCUCCUUUCG